AUGAGUGCAUCGACAUUCUCCGACGCCUCUCUCUCUCGUGAAGCCCAGAGUUCUGACUUUGAGUUGACCAUCCGCCAGCAGCCCGACCGGGCGCGCGUGGCUGGGGGCAAGGAGAAAGAGCGCAAGCCCAUCGAUCCUCCCCCGAUCGUUCAGCUCCGGGUGCGAGAGGAGGGUACCUACUUGGCGCAGCACUACCUGCAAAGCCCGUACUAUUUCAUGUGCUGCAGUCUGUACGAUGCCACAGAAGAUAGCCCGGUGCCCGUGGCCCCAUCAACGGCGCUCGCUGGAACUCUUGUAUCGUCUCUUCAUAGGCUGAAGGAUGUGGACAACAGUGAUGGCGGGUUCUUCGUCUUUGGGGAUCUGUCGGUCAAGAUCGAGGGCAAUUUCCGUCUGAAAUUCACCUUGUUCGAGAUGCGCAAACAAGAGGUGACCUACUUGAAGACCAUCAUCUCCGAGCGGUUUACCGUGUCUCCUCCCAAGAGCUUUCCCGGCAUGAAGGAGUCAACGUUCCUCUCCCGGUCGUUUGCGGACCAGGGAGUCAAACUACGGAUCCGCAAGGAGCCCCGGACUAUGAUGAAACGCUCUCAUCCCCAACCAAAUGAGUACCCACCUCAGGCACUGCCUUCACGCUCGCCAGAUCGCACAUCGGUACAGAUGCCUCCAACGGCCUUUCCAGGAGGGUAUCCGCAGACGACGGCGCGCGACUACUAUUAUGGCGCGGCCGCACCGCCCCCCAAACGCCAUCGGACAUCUAUCGAUUAUGGGCGUGGUAUUGAGGCAGAUAGUCGGAUGGCUCGUCCACUGGACACGUACGGCCGUCCAAUGGAGGCGUAUGGCCAGCCUACCAUGUACGGACAGCCGGGAGCGUACCCGGCACCGAUGCAGCCAUACCAGACCGGGCAGGUAGUGGCCGAUUACGGGAUGCCCUAUGGCCUGCAACCAUCAGCCCCCCUGACGCAGAUGUCUGAUCCCUCCGCGCAAAGUCGGACACCCCAGCAAGCCACCGUGGGGCAGCUGAUGGGCAUGAACCAGCCCGGUACUCCUACCCCAGAUUCGACAGGAGCGAUGAUGGCCCAGGGAUACCGGCCCGGCCCGGGAUACGCUACUAGCUCUACCAUUCUUCCUCCGCUGCAGCAGCAAACCCGCACCUAUCCCCAGGGGACCAACGGCAGUUCCUCGCGAGGGUACUAUGAUCCGCCCUCCCAAGCAGCCACGCCGAUUCUUCCCUCUCAGCCCAUGACCCACGAAGGUGCCCCAGAACCCUUUGACCACCCGGGGUCUGGGAAUGGGACUCCCCAAUAA